AACUUUAACGAGGGAGAAAUCGGAGGAGGUUGGAUAAAUGGAGAAAGAAGCACCGAGUGACCAGCAGCAGAGAAGUGGACAAACUGACAGGCGAUAGCCGCAAAGCAACACAGGCAGAGAAGAAGGCAGCACCAGUUGACAGGAGCUCAGCCAAUAAAAGCCAACCAAACUCGGUCCGGGCCAAAUUCGGGCACUCGGAUGCAAAGAGGCGGCGGAGGAGGCCAACAGCAACCGCAGCAAAACAAAACUGGAAAAGUUGCUCCGAAAGGACUGCAAAGGGGGCAGAAGGGGAGAGGCCAGCGGAAGCCGAGGCUGAAAAGUUCCCAAAUUCGGUAGACAGACCUCUUUUUGGGUAUCCAUCCCAGUUGCCUCUUCCAACCGGAACAGUUAGCAGCAGUUGGAAUUUGAUUUUAACGCCGGGAUCUGUUCUGAGUCCUCUGUUUGUGGCACCAGCCACUGGAGGACUGACAACCGUCACCCAAGCAGGGGCAACUGGCAGACGAAUUAAAAUCCGCACCAGGAAACUUCACCCCGGGAAACUCCACUGCCCCGCUCCCUUCAACGCUACGCAUCAAUGGAGACACACUGAGAUUGGCUGUCAAAGGGAGGCUCCGGAACAGGGAAGGGGAGCUGUGGAAAUGCUCGCCACUUGCGGCGACACAUGCUCCGACAAUUUAUUGACUCCUCGCACCCACUAAACAGAACCCACUCCGCCAUGGGACUCCUCCCGAUCCUGCUCCUGUGCCUGGCGCUCUCCACCUCGGUCAGCGGCUAUCUGAACAUUUUCAUCAGCCACCACGAGGUGAUGAAACUGAUGGGACUCGAGGCGGACCUGUUCUAUGUGCACGAGGGAGCCAUCAACACAUAUGCGAUGCACUUCACCGUGCCGGUGCCCGCGGAUGUCCACGAGCUGGAGUUCUCCUGGCAGAGCCUCAUCGCCUACCCGCUGCCGUAUGCCAUUAGUAUCGAGUACAACACCGACCAGGAGGCACUGGGCACGCCCACGCUGAGUAUCCCGCACAAGGGCCUGGUGCCGCAGGAGAUCGAGUCCUUCCUGGUCUACCUGCCCUGCACCGGAAAUGCGAGCCUGCAGCUGCCCGUCAAUGUCAACAUGGUGGUGCGAGCUCCACCCCGCUUCAACGACACCCGGCUCCACUUCAAGCGCAAUAAGAUCUGCGCCAAAGGCAUCUCACCUGAGCCCAAUCAAUCGCCAGCCCCCGCCCACGCGCCCUCGCAAGGACCCGCCCUGCUGAGUGCCGCCGCCUGUGCCCUGGGUUUGGUGUUGGCCGUGGGCCUGGUGGCCAGCAUGAUGUAUGUGAGGGCGCGCAAACAGCUUCGCCAGGACUCGCUACACACCAGUUUCACCACCGCAGCUUAUGGCAGCCACCAGAACGUGUUCAUCCGCCUGGAUCCCCUGGGAAGGCCCCCCAGUGCCACGGGAUCCUAUGCCACCAUAGCCAGCCUCAACAAGUACCCUGCGGACAGCAAAAAGUCGUGCAGCAUAUUCGACCGUUUCAGGAGCUCACCCACCCCCACGCCCUACGCCACUGCCCUGCUGCCCAUGAACCUCGAACAGACCGCAGAGACGAUUUACUCGAAGCCCGAGUCGAUCUGUCCCUCGAGGAUUUCCUACUAUGCCUCCUCGCAACUGACCCAGGACUACCCUCUAAUUUGUGCCGAGCACCACUCGAUUGCUCCCCAGGCGGAGGACCCUCCGUCCACCCUGCGCCAGCAAGCCACCUUUCCUCGACGAUAA